UUUCUCCAGUUCUUCACAGGUUUAUGUCAAGGAAACAGCUGCUCCAGCAGAAAUGAUUUGCCUCUCGACUCUUUUAGUUGUCUUCAAUCUUUUCGUGUCUCCGUGUCAUGGCGGCUGUGCGGAGGUGGACUCCCUGACUGAAGCCGUGGUGGGACAAAGUUUCCUGUUGGGCUGCAUCUCCUGCAAGAGGAGAGCGGAGGUGUCUGCCCGAACCACCGUGGACUGGCACUUCAAACCGCUGGAGGAGGAGGAGUUCAGGCAUAUUUUCCACUAUGCCCACCCCAGGGCUAAAAUCCUCCAUGAAGAUUUCAGCGACCGCCUGGAGUGGCACGGGACAAAAACCAGAGACAUUCAGAUAGGAGCCAUUUACAUUCAUAACGUCAUCUUCAACGACACGGGGACGUACCGCUGCACAAUCAACCGCACCCUCUUCCUGCCGCAGUAUGAGGAGCACGUCACUGUGGAGAAGGAGGUGGAGCUCAACGUGGUGGCCGUAGCCAAUCGGGAGCUCACAGUGGUGAUCGCGGAGAUUAUGAUGUACGUGCUGAUCGUGGUUCUGCAGCUUUGGCUCGUUCUGGUUCUGGUCUACUGUUACAAGAAGAUUUCGGAGCAGCGUGAAGCUCGAGAUGCCCGUAAAGCUCUCAGGGAUCAGGCAGAGCUGUGACGGAGUGCAGGUCGAGGGACCGGUUAGGAUAGAUUUAUCUUUAUGGCAACACAGGAUUUAGGAACAUGGGAUAAUACGACGCAUGUGAAAGUGUUCUUUUCUCCUUAAAGACAUCCUGCUAACAUGACGUCAAUGUGAGGGUCGCCUUCAGCUCAGAUACCUAGAGGGUCAUAUUAAAGAACUCUCAUUUGGUAAUAAGGCAUCGGUCAUAAUCCAACACUUAGAGGCCUCCUCUAUUUAUUACUUGUAUUUGGCAAAUUACUGUAAAAUCAUUGCAAAGAUGGAUUCUUAGAUGUUUGUGUUUGGUCAACGAGGAACUCAGUGGCUACAAACAUCCUGAAACCUGGAAUAUUGACCUCAGUCCAGUGAGUUAUAACUUUAUCAAUUCAUAUUCCAUCGACACUAUUUAAACUAGCGGUCCAGAGACCUGAGGCAUACUGAUACGUUUUUUAAUCAUUUGGGUGUUUUUAGUAAUGCUGAAUAAAUAAGGCAAUCAUUUGAUUAGUUUAUCAAUAGAACAUUCAUUAUAUCAAUUAUUAUUUGAGUAACAGAUCAACAGCUUAUGUCAUACAGUCACAGCAUUAAAUAUGUUGUGUUGUUUACCUUUACGCAAAAAGUAUAAAAUAUGUUGGGCUCUGGUAUUAAAAAAUCAUUCAUUUGAUUCUCUUUAUUGAAAGCCUAUUUUAUUUGUGUUGUUUCACUGACAACUAAAAGGAGAUCUUCUUACACUGUCACCGAGUCUUUGUUUGCAGAAUCAUGGAACAGUAAUGAAGCCAGACUCAUUUUACCUGUUGGAUACAAAAUAAAAAGGGUUUAAAUCAUCUUUUUUUGUGUGUGACAAUCCCGAGCCGGUCCGUCAAAAGUGAAAAUGCAUCUCAAAAUGUGCAUGUACUGUGUUUUAUUUGACAGUAAAGUACUAAUACCUCUAAUUAGUACUGGAGCACAGUACUUGAGUAAAUGUACUUUAGUUACAUUCCACCACUUACAGUACGUGAGCAGAAGAAAAGUGAGUUGAUACAGACCAUAAUAUGA